AUGGCACACCUCACAACCGCGCGUGAUCCCUUACCCCUACCACUCCCUGCGGGCAUCACAUCGCGUCGUCUCGACCUCUCUCCUCAGGGGCAUCUAAACUACCACAUCCUCGAAGCCUGCUCCUCCCCCUCCCCCUCGUCGCAGCACAACCAGCUCAUUAUCCUCCUCCACAGCUUCCCCGAAGUCGCUUACUCAUGGCGGAAAACAAUGCUUCCACUUGCCCGCGCCGGUCCCUAUCACAUCGUCGCGCCCGACCAGCGCGGCUUCGGCCGCACAACAGGCUGGGACUCACGGCCCUACGGCGAUGUCGAUCUCCAUACUUGCUCGCGCACCUCGCUUGUACGUGACGUGCUGGUACUAGCGCGCGCGCUGGGGUAUGCGACGGUGAAAUGCGUGGUAGGACAUGGCGAUGUCGGCGGCAUGGUUGCGGCGGAUUGCGCUUUGAUUCGGCCAGAUAUCUUUCAGAGCGUGCUUCUCAUAGGGUAUCCGUUUGCCGGAGUCCCUGAUUUGCCCAGAAGUAGCAGCAGCGACAGCAGCAACGAAAAAAAGAAGGCGAUGCACGAUCGGCUGGCCGCGUUGGGCCGCAAGCAUUAUCAGCAGUACUACUCGAGUGCGCGCGCAAACGCCGACAUGACGGGACCGAUUACAGCCAGGGGUCUGCGGGGUUUCUUUCGAGGCUAUUUUUACCUAAAGUCGGGCGCAUGGCCUGGGAAUGACAGUGCGCGUGCUCUCGAAACGUGCUCGGCCGACGAGUUCGCGGAAAAGCUACCGUACUACUGCAUCAUGCCAGUGCAGGCGAGUAUGCCCGAGGCGGUGCAGAUGCUUAUGAAAAGCGAAGAGUCCGACUCGUCGAAACAGUGGCUGUCGGACGAGGAGUUGGAAGUGUAUGUGUCCGAGUACGCGCGGACUGCUUUUCAAGGAGGGUUGAAUUGGUAUCGGGUUGUGACGGCGAGUGGCUGUGAUAGUGGCAGUAUGGAGUUGGUGCAUGAGUUGGAUAUCUUUUCAGGAUUGAAAAUCAAAGUUCCCUGUGCCUUUCUAGGGGGGAAGAAGGAUUGGGGCUUGUAUCAAGAGCCCGGAGCGAUGCAGAAGAUGCGUGAUGGAACAGCGUGUGAGGAACUUGUAUUUUUGAGAAUGAUUGACGGGGCAGGGCAUUGGAUACAGCAGGAGAAACCUGACGAGGUUACGCAAGGGAUAUUGGAGCUUUUGAAAAGUGUGAAAUAG